UUUUUUUUUUUAAAUCAAUUUUUAAAAAUCUCGUUGUUAAUUAAUUUAUUUUAUUAUUUUUUAAUUAGUACAAUUUAAAUCAAAAAUGUCGUUAAAUAUUAAUUUAUUAAAUAGCUUAAUUGUUGUGAUAAUCGCGACAUUUUUUAUGUCGUGUAAAUGUUCCGAUGAUAUUACCACCUUUCCACCCCCUUGCAAUAGUACAAUAUACUGUCAUGGCGAAUUACUGCACACAAUCCAAAUGGCUCAUUUAUAUCCCGAUUCCAAAACAUUUGUCGAUAUGAAAUUACGGCGUCCACCAAAUGAAACAUUGGAAUCAUUUCAACGAUUUAUGAAUGAUACAAACAAUAAUCCUAGCAAAAAGAACAUAGCCGACUUUGUAAAUGAACACUUCGAAAAACCGGGAAAAGAAUUUGAAGCAUGGCAAUUAGCUGAUUGGAAAGCAAAUCCAAAAUUUUUACAAUCAAUCCAUGAUCCAGAAUACAAACAAUGGGCAUCAAAAUUAAAUAGUUUAUGGAAUUUUCUCGGUCGUAAAAUGAUUGACGACGUUGAAAAAAAUCAGGAUUUAUAUUCGAUUAUUUAUGUUCCAAAUCCAGUGGUUGUACCUGGUGGAAGAUUCCGUGAAUUUUAUUACUGGGACUCGUAUUGGAUUAUCAAAGGUUUACUCUACUCAGAGAUGUAUGACACAGCACGAGGGAUGUUACUCAAUUUCUUAUCAGUUGUGGACAAAUACGGGUUUAUUCCAAACGGAGGUCGAAUUUACUAUGCGCGUCGAUCUCAACCACCACUAUUAAUUCCAAUGAUCCAGGCGUAUUAUGAAGAAACAAAAGAUAUUCAAUUUAUUAAAGAUAAUAUUGAUACCAUGGAAGCAGAAUUCCAAUUUUGGUACAAUAAUCAUACGGUCCAAAUACCGAUGAAUGGACGAUAUUAUCAGUUGUUUAUUUAUAAGGAUUAUAGUUCAGGACCCCGACCAGAAUCGUAUCGUGAGGAUGUUUUGACUGCACAGCAUUUUACAACUGAACGUGACAAGCAUGAAUUUUAUGCUGAAUUAAAAGCUGCUGCUGAAUCUGGGUGGGAUUUCUCAAGUCGAUGGUUUAUUCGAGAUAAUGGUGAUCGUGAAGGUAAUUUAACUCAUUUACAUACUCGAUCGGUAGUACCAGUUGAAUUAAACGCAUUUAUGUACUGGAAUGCAAGAUUAUUAAGAGACUAUCAAAUAUAUUUAAACAACGACACCGCCGCUGCAUAUUACUCACACUUAGCAGAAAAAAUCAAGGAUGCUGUAACAGCUGUACUAUGGGACGACAAAGAAGGUGUUUGGUUAGAUUAUGAUUUAAUUAACCACCGUAGACGUGAUUACUUCUAUCCAACGAACAUAGCACCAUUAUGGACUGAAUGCUACGAUAAAUCCACAAAUAUUACGGAUCAAGUUAUGCAAUAUUUAUGGCGACAAAAUGAAAAGUUAAUAUCAAUAGCAGCGACUUCAACUAAAAAUCAUUUGGGCGGAAUUCCAACCACGCUGUAUCAUUCGGGUGAACAAUGGGAUUAUCCAAAUGCAUGGCCACCAUUACAGUAUAUUAUGAUAAUGGCAUUGAAUAGCACGGGAAAUGAGUAUGCGCAAGAAUUAGCUUUUGAAAUAUCUGAUCGUUGGGUGCGAACUAAUUUUAUUGCUUUCAAUGCAACGAAUAGUAUGUAUGAAAAGUACGACUCUAGAGAAAUUGGUGGCCAUGGAGGCGGUGGUGAAUACGAAGUACAAUUAGGUUUUGGAUGGACAAAUGGUGUUAUUUUAGAAUUAUUAGCAAAAUAUGGUGAUCGUUUGACGGCUGUUGAUCAGUUUGAUAAUGCUAUUGAAAAAGAUCCACAAGUUGUGACAAAUUUACCACCAUAUGUGAUACAAGCCGCUGGCGGUAGUGAAGCUAGAACUUUUAUAACAGCUUUACUUGUUAUUACAAUUUCCUUGGCUGUUGGAUUCAUAGGAACUGUUGCAUGCAGAGUAUAUUUAUCUCAACAAGACUACAAAUCAGCACCAUCUGGUCGAUUUAAAUCCCAAUACAAAGAACUAAGAAAUAUUUAUGGAGAUGUUUCAAGACGACCAAGAUAAUCAAAAGACGAUAUGUCAACAAAACAGGGGAAAAAAAACUAUAUAUAGUAUUAACCAACAAAUUCAAAAAAAAAAGAACUAAAUACAAGUCGAAUUCUAAGUUAAAUAAUAUGGUUAACGUAAAAUUUUUAUAAAUAUUAUUAGAGCCGAUUCUUAUACUAAGAAUGAUGGUUAAACUAUAGUUUCAUUUUUAUAUAAUAGAGGGCUGUGAAAUCGUAAUAAAUAUAUAUGCGCAUGAUCAUACACGGCGCGCAUACGUGUAAUUGUUUUUGUAUAUUGUAUUUUAAAAAUACCCAAGGUCCCAUAUUAUUUUCAUGGAAUCGACUUGUAUUUGUGUAAAUUGACGACUGAAGAAUUUGAAUUUUUAUUUAUUUGAAAAAAAAAAAGUAGUAAAACAAAAAACUUAGCGUUUUUUUCUUAAUUUUUGUUUUCGGGGCCUCAACAUGAAAUACGUUACAUUUAAUAAACAGCUCUUUUGGCUACCAUUUAUAUUCACUCAUAUUUUCUAACUUUGAAAUCCCUAAAAAAAUUUAUUGUUCUGAGAAAAUCGAAAAUCGUACAAUUUUAUAUGUGCAAAAGUUCGGGUGUUUUCUUGCAAUAGGGGAAGAAAAUUUGCAAAUAAUAGGACAUUAAAAUUGAAUUAAACAGGGCCGUAAAGAGAAAAUCGCAACUCUAAAUACAUGACAUAAAAGAAAACCGGAUACAUUAGUUAAAAAAGUAUCGGGAAGUAUGCCUUAUUUGACGCACAAAAAUUACACCAAUCUUCAAAACACUGUUUUUAUUAAGGACUUUUGGUAAAUCCAACAGUGGUAUCACAGAAUGGCAUAUUUAGUUUCGGAAACAAAAAGAAAUCCGGCGGAGCCAAAUCUGGUGAUUGACAAUUGGAGAUAUUGAAAUUUUUUCCGAUUCUCAUGAGCCUUUUCUAUUUUUUUUAUUCAAAAGAACAAAAUCCUUCCCCCUUCUACUCUUCCCAUUCCUUUCCUUGCUUUGUACGUAUUUUAUGUACGGUGGUCCCUUAUUUAAGUUCAAAA